UAGGGUUUUCGCUAUACGAGGGGGUGGCUGCUUGUGGAAAGGAAGGAAGAUGGCGCCGCCGCCGCCCGCAGUCCCACUUCCUUAUCUCGUGAUCUACUCGCACUCCGACGCAUGGUCUGGCAUGGAGGGGCACAGGGGCCGAGAGUGGAAUGGCUUGUCUUGAUCUGUCUGAUCCAUGGACAGUUUGAGGAACCACAGUUGCAUGACCAUAGAGGGUGAUAUUUUAGUUAUCUCACUUCGUGGCAAAAACACUUUGAUGGUUGAAAUAGUGUACACAGUUGGCCAACCAUGCAGCUGGAUCAUCAGUUCCAUUUGAACGAUGGAAAUCCAACCUUUAAAAAUGGAGUUUCCCCAUAGUUGGGAGAGUUCAACCUUGCCUCGGUGGAGGGACUGGUAGCUUCAUCCUAAUUGUGAGGGAGGAUCUAUGAUGUUUCCCAUUCUCUGGAAGGCUUUUCUUUUGGUUCGAUCUCUCAAAAUCAAGUGAAGUCCGGGCCAGCACACUGAUUUGCAGGGUCAAUAUGUAUGUUCAGACUUCAGGUUUGGUUUCAAUAGUGUUGAAAAUUGGCGGCUCUUUCAGUGCACUUGGGUUGAUACGUGACGACAGAUUCUUUCUAGACAGAAAGAACGUACUUUUGAACUUCUCUGCCACAAUGAGUUUAUUGUUUCCUUGCUAGAAUUGUAGUGCACCAUACCCAAUGUCAUAUAAUUUUGUGUAUCCGAAGGUACCAGAAAAGUCUGCACAAGAAUGUUUCGACAGAAUCCAUGCUAAUUUUGCAACUCCGCCUCAACACCAGCCUCGUUCAAGAGCCAAGAAAGCUGAUUUAUCUCCAAUAGUCCAUUUUGCAUUCGGAGACAAACCUCUAGAUGACACAAAGUUGAAAAUCAAAAAGGCAAGGGGAAGUAAACGAAGGACUCUUGCCGCCCAAAAGACAGUCAGGCAUUUGCUGAGAAAGCAUCAAUUGGCAGAUCAAACCACAGGUGGUGACUAUUUCUCGCAUCUUGAAAACUCUCCAAAUGCAUCUGCCAUUAUAAUGAAUGCAAGUGGAGAUCCUGGAACUCCAGAUUCGUUGUUUACUACAGGUUUUCUGAUUAAGUGCAGUGAGAGGUCUUCCUCAGCCCAUAAGAGGCCUUUGUCCAGGUUCAAAACAAAUGAUGUAGAUCCAAGUCCUGAGGUUCUGAAGCGGAUUAAGAAUGUUGCUUUGCAUGAGAAAUAUAUUGAUCAUCUACAUUAUAUAGAAGCAAGAAGAAGGAGAGCAUGCCAUGGUAAAGAAAACCAUGUCGUUAGUUGCAAUAAUAUGAAUGAUAACAGGCCACAAUCUGGAGUUAUAAAAACUGCUAUGGCUGCUUUAACGACUGAAGCCCAAGCAGUUAUCAGCCAUUUUCAGGACCGGCAGGUGAAGGCAUUGGAUUAUGAUGAUGAUAGUACUUCUGCAGGGAACUGUAGUUUUGAUUUGGAUGAUGACGCAUGAGCAAAUCUUCUUUCACUUUACAAGUUUGGCUCUGAAGAUGAAUUCAUCAAUAGUCAACACUCAACAUCUGGUUGAAGUACAAUCCUUGGAAAAACAAAAAAAAAAAAACUUCUAGGUUUCAGUUCCUAUAGCUUGAAAAUGUAUUUUGUUUUUGCUGGUAGAAGACUAAUGAAUUUGGAUCACCUCUUUUGUCUUUUAGAAAUGGAUUAGAAGGAUUAAGACUUUGAAGUGAAAUAUAGACGAUCUUUAUUUCUGCUAAA